AUCCCUCGUUCAUCUUCCUCUUUGAUAUUUCCGUGCUUUCGCAUCAGAACCUUGCUUCUCUCUGAUUCCUCUGUCCUCAUAGAGGCAAUAUCCUUCACCUAGUUCAAAUAUUGUCCUUUUCAUUGAUUCUCUGACUUGUUGUCUUCUUCUUUGCUGCAUCACUCUCUCACUCUGUCCGAUAAAGCAAAUAAUGAUACUCUUAGAGGAGAUUUCCAAGCCAGUGAAGCACAGCAAACUCCAUUAAAACUCCAGAAACAACCAUCAACCUAUUACUCUCUCCAUUCUGAAAUGCUUCUCCAUUCAUCUUCCAUAACAAACAUAAGAGCAUUUCUUCUCAUUUUCAUGGUGCUGCAACUUCCUGCCUCCACUGAAGAAAGAGCAUUCGCCACCCAAAGUAUGAAACUAAUCAUUCUUCGCUAUAGUUUCAUGAUAAAGUUGUAUGCUUUUCUUGAACUGGAUCAAAUUGCAGGCAGAUCAGUGUUCAUCCACAAGGAGCUUUCAAAGAAAGGAGGCCAGGAGGUGCUGAGGGUGAACUCCAUGAUUGGAUCAAGGCCACCUCAGUGUAAGAGGAGAUGUCUGGCUUGCAGCGAUUGUGAAGCAGUUCAGGUCCCUGCAACUUCUGGAGUGAGAAGUGCUUCAGUUCCUCUCUUCAUGAUCGGCAGUGAAAAAGAUGACAGCUCUAAUUACAAGCUCUUGUGCUGGAAAUGCAAGUGUGGAAAUUUCAUCUUCAACCCUUAGAAUAAAAAAUGUAAAACACACUUUGAUUUCUGGUUUUUUUUAAUCCCACUUCGAAUUGUUCUUGGUAUUUUACACAUGAGCAUUUACAUUAUGUUGCGUCAGUUGCAGCUCUUUGAAUAAACAGUUAUGAA